GAAGGAAUGCUAGGAAGAGAAGAGAAGAGCAUGUAUUCUCUUUGCCUCCAAAACGCAACAACACUACACACUUUCCAUUUUCCCUCCAACCUAACUUCUUCUCUUCUUUUCCCAAUCAAUAAUCACAAAUUAUCCUCAAAAGCCCGUUUCCAAUGCUCCAUCAAAACCAAUAACACAAACACCAAACAAGUCACUAACAAAAAGGUUCUAAUCCUAUGGGACCUCGACAACAAACCUCCACGUGGACCUCCAUACAACGCCGCACUCUCUCUCAAAACCCUCGCCGAACGCUACGGCGACGUCGUUUCAAUCUCCGCUUAUACAAUUCGACACUCCUUCUUCAAUCUCCCUCAAUGGCAUCCCGAACAAAACCCUAACCCUAAUUCCAUGAUUUGCCGUGUCUGUGGCCGUGAAUGCAAAUCAUUCUUCGAUCUCCAUGUUCAUUUCAAGAAAGUUCACGAGUACCAGCAUCAGAUGUGGCUGAAACGAGUGAAAUCGAUUAAAUUGAGUCGGUUGAAGGUUGGGUUUAGACGUAGAAGGCAUAUGCAUAAUGAGGCUGCGAGGACUAUUGCUCCGCCUAGGGUUGGAUUUGGAUUGGCUUCGGAGUUGCGGCGUGCUGGUGUUUUUGUGAAGGUUGUGGAAAUUGGUGAUAAGGUGAAUGCUGCUGAUUCCUCGUUGAAGAGGGAGGUGAUGAGUGGAGGGAUUGAUUAUUUGAUUUUGGUUUCGGAUGAUUCGGAGUAUUGGGAGAUGUUGAGGGAGGUGAGGGAGAAGAAAUUGGGGAAUGUUGUUGUUGUUGGAGAUUAUUGGGAUAGGUAUUUAGGGAGGAAUGCUGAUUUGUGGCUUCCUUGGAUUGUUGUUGAGAAUGGGAAGGUUGAUGGAAUGGAUUCGAUGGGAAGAGGAACAUUAACAGAGGAUUUGGAUGAUGAAUUGGAAGAAGAUGAUAAUGUGGAUGAUGAGUAUACAAUAGAAGAAGAACAAGAAGAAGAUGGGUUUUAUGUUUAUUAAUUUGAUUCUAUUUUAAAUCAGUAUUGUCAAGUAGCGGUUAUGGUGGCGCUACAAUGGUAUUGCAUAGCGGAAAUUAUUGGUCAAAUAACGACUACGGUGGCACUAGGGCGUUGUAACAUAACGGAAAUUGAACCAACUGCUAUUUUCUGUGAUCGGCAAUUGGAAAUACUGUUUUAAAUGAAGCUAGACUGGUUUGAGGUUUAAGAAUGGAUUAGCGAAGUUGAGGUUGAGUGAUGUUGAAUUGAGGAUAGUGUUAUAUGUUAAAUGUAGCAGCAUCUUGAACAAUGAGGGUUGCCGAUGGAGUGCUUUAUUUGAGGGAUUAAAUAUGCUGAAGGUUCAGGCUUGUGAUGGUUGAACACUUAUAAAAGACGGCAUUCACGCAUUAUCCAUAUGAAUAGUUGAGUAAGGUGAAGAUCUGUAGGCCAAUAUUUAUGGCUAAUAGGGCUAGCAUUUGCCUAUUAAAUAUAGAACCCAUACUCAUUUUUGAAGGCUCUCAAUCAAUGAAACAAUUUAUUUAUGCA